AUGGGACCACCUAAAAAUGGAAAGGAGGAUUAUGUAGCUUGCUUUUCCUUUAUUGGAUCUGAAAUAUUGGCAAAGAUGGGAACAAGAGUGCCUCCAUCUUAUUAUAUGAUGGCAACAUUGCUUGUCGUUGCUGGAUACACAAUGGGCUUUCCAAAUUAUUGCCAAGGACGUUUCAUAGACACAAUCAAGCAUACUUUGGUCAAGAUGAACAAAGAGAUACCACGUACCAUGCCAGACCUUGCCAUCAAGAUUCAACACCUGUACAACCGGUACUAUGGUAUGGUUGAUCGUCAAAGAACUAUAGUAUGGGACAAGAUCAAGUUGACACACUACCUCAAAAACAAUUCGAUUAGAGAGUACAACCCAACAAGGUAUCCACCAACCAAAGAGAAUUUUGAAAGAAUUAUUGGGAUUACUAAAUUGAUCAUGAUCGAUGUCUAUAUGAAUACAUUUUCAAAAGACAAGCCAGUAGAUGAUGCCGAUUCAGUUGAAGUGAUACUUGAAAAGAUGGGACGUAUGGUAUUACCACAUUCAAACAUACAAGAAGACUGGGCCAAGGACGUGAUGAUGAACGUACUUUCUGUGACACUUUUGGCAUUUCAAGCGGGUGUUGUCAAUUAUGUCUAUCCACCAUUGAUUGAUGGUUAUCUCAAGUCUGUUGUAUUGGAUUAUUUAGAAUAUCCAAUGUUCAUCUAUAAAGAUGAUUUAAAUUAA